CCCAUCCUUCUCCAUAGGCAGGCUGUUAACGCCACCGGCCACCUUUCGGACACUCUGUGGCUGAUCCCCAUCACAUUCCUGACCAUCGGCUAUGGGGACGUGGUGCCCGGCACCAUGUGGGGCAAGAUUGUUUGCCUCUGCACUGGAGUCAUGGGAGUCUGCUGCACAGCCCUGCUGGUGGCGGUGGUGGCUCGGAAGCUGGAGUUCAAUAAGGCAGAGAAGCAUGUGCACAACUUCAUGAUGGACAUCCAGUAUGCCAAAGAGAUGAAGGAGUCAGCUGCCCGAGUGCUACAAGAGGCCUGGAUGUUCUACAAACAUACACGCAGGAAGGACUCUGGAGCUGCCCGCAGGCACCAGCGCAAGCUGCUGGCUGCUAUCAACACGUUCCGCCAGGUGCGACUGAAACACCGAAAGCUCCGGGAACAAGUGAACUCCAUGGUGGACAUCUCCAAGAUGCACAUGAUCCUGUGUGACCUGCAGCUGGGUCUGAGCAGCUCACAUCAGGCCCUGGAAAAGCGCAUUGACACCCUGGCAGGGAAGCUGGACACCCUGACGGAGCUGCUUAGCACUGCCCUGAAGCAGCUCCCGGAACCCAGCCAGGAGGCCACAUAGCUGGACCCAUGGAGGAAGAACCAGGCUACUUUCCCCAGGAUUGAGGUCAAGGACAUGCUCUCUUCCACUCCUGACCCAGCCCUAUGACUAAAACACCUCAAAUGCAAGGACUCAAGGGGCCCCACCUUGGGGUGGGUUGACUCACUGAAGCUGCUGGAGGCGACACUGGCUGUAGGAGGGAGGCCGUGGCCCAUCCCUGAGGCCCCAGAUGGGAAAAUGGUCACCACUACCCCACAUGCCCUCCACAAAAACAUCCUCACUGUGCUGCUACAGCUGACCCCCAGCUUCUGUGGAAGUGGAGGUGCCUGGGGGCUGAGACGGCUGCGGCCCAGAGUCCAGGAUCCUGGGGAGCCUCAGUUACCGCUGGUCGGCAGAGCUGAAGGAGCCAGGCCUGAAGCUGGGACAAGGCAGGAGGUGGCGCCCCCUGGUGGGAGAGCAGGAGGACACUAUUUUUCUAGAGUUGCAGAGAAUAUGGUGGGAGAGGAGGCGGAGGGGGUGAAGGGGCUCACCAGUCUCUGUUCUUAUACUUUGUAAUAAAUUUUAAACAAAGA